UACCUCACUGCCCUUCCUCCUCAGCCUUUGAGAUUGAUCUGCCAGUGGGAAGUGAAAUGGUGAUUCAUAUAAGGCUCAAGAACCUGCUUGUCCUGUGGAAGCCCUGCUACAUCGUCCUUGCGAGAAGGCAGCUGAAGAGUCUGCAGAUCGAAGCUGGACAGAAAGUGAGCUUCUCCUUUAGCUGUCAGAACCCUCAGAGGUUCUUCAUCAUGAGCAUUCAGAAGAAGAUUGACUGCAAGUCGGGCCCCUGUCCUCUCGGGGACCUGCCGCUGCAGCCCCCACCAUCGACACUGCCCGCCCUCAACAGAACGUUCACCUGGGACGUGAAGGCUCACAAGAGGGUCGGCCUGGAGCUGCGGUUCUCGACCUCUCGCCUGCGGCAGGUGGGGUCCGAGGAGAGCUGCCUCCACGGAGCCACUCACUCCGUCAGCAGCGAGAUCGACGGCGCCUCCGUGGACAUCGGGACCUUCUGCGAUAACGGCACAGUGUCUCGGAUCAAGGUGCAGGAGGGCGUGAAAGUGGCCUUGCGACUGCCCUGGUUCCUCUACAGGAACGUCUCUGGCGUCAGCAUCACCAACGGCUCGUCCAUAAAGCGGUUCUGCGUCAUCGAGUCUGUGUUCGAGGGGGAAGGCUCAGCGACUCUGAUGUCAGCCAACUACCCGGAGGGCUUCCCGGAGGACGAGCUCAUGACGUGGCAGUUCAUCAUCCCCGCACACCUGCGGGCCAGCGUCUCCUUCCUCGACUUCAGCAUGUCCAACUGCGAGAAGAAGGAGGAGCGGGUGGAAUACUACAUCCCAGGCUCUGCCACCAACCCGGAGGUGUUCAAGCUGGGGGACAAGCAGCCCGGGAACAUGGCUGGGAACUUCAACCUCUCUCUGCAGGGCUGCGACCAGGACGCCCAGAACCCAGGCCUCCUCCGGCUGCAGUUCCAGGUCUUGGUCCAGCACCCACAUAAGGAGAGCAAUAGAACCUACGUGGUGGACCUCAGCAAGGAGCGGACCCUGUUCAUCACCAUCGAGCCCCAGGCCCCCAGAGUGAGCCGCAAGUUUGUCCCUGGCUGUUUCGUGUGUCUGGAGUCCCGGACCUGCAGCACCAACGUCACCCUGACCCCGGGCUCCUUGCACAAGCUGUCCUUUCUCUGUGACGACCUGACUCGCCUGUGGGUGGUUGCUGAGAAAACCCUAGACUGCACGGAGUCCCGCUUCUGCUACAAGAGGUCCCACUCGCUCCUGGUGCCUGAGGAAGUCCUCCAGCUGCCCUUGCAGCUGCAUGACUUCUCCUGGAAGCUGCUGGUACCCAAGGACAGGAUGAGCCUGGCCCUGGUGCCGGCCCAGAAGCUGCAGCAGCACACACAAGAGCGGCCCUGCAACACCAGCUUCAGCUACCUCGUGUCUGGAAGCAGACCCAGCCAGGACCUGUACUUGGGCGCCUUCUGCCCUGGGGGCUCCAUCGAGCAGAUCCAAGUAAAGCACAACGCCUGCGUGACCCUCCGUACCUACUCCCCCAGCUUCCAGCAAGAGGUCGGCACGCAGGGCCUGACCGUAUCUUUCCUACCAUACUUCAAAGAGGAAAGCAUCUUCACGGUGACGCCCGAUGUGAAAAGCAAGGUGUACCUGCGGAGCCCUAACUGGGAUAGGGGCCUGCCGCCGCUGUCCUCCGUGUCCUGGAACAUCAGCGUGCCCCCCGGCCAGGUGGCCUGCCUCACCUUCCUCAGGGAGAAGUCCGGGGUGGUCUGCCAGACGGGGCGAGCGUUCAUGAUCCUCCAGGACCAGCAGCACCACUCCGAGGAGAUCUUCAGCCUGGAGGACGAGGUGCUCCCCAAGCCGCGUUUCCACCGGCACAGCUUCUGGGUCAACAUCUCCAACUGCAGCCCCGCCAGCGGCAAGCAGCUAGACCUGCAUUUCUGGGUGAUGCUGUCCCCGCAGACCACGGACCUGACUGUCAUCCUCAUUGCCGUGGUGGGAGGUGGUGCCCUUCUCCUGGGUGUCCUCGGACUCGUCGUUUGCUGUGUGAGAAAGAAGAAGAGGAAGGCGCACAAGGGCCCGGCUGUGGGCGUCUACAAUGGCAACAUCAAUACCCAGAUGCCCAUGCAGGCCAAAAAGUUCCCAAAGGGUCGGAAGGACAGCGACGCUCAUGUGUACGCGGUCAUCGAAGACACCAUGGUGUACGGGCACCUGCUGCAGGACUCCGGCAGCUCCCUCCACCAGCCCGAGGUGGACACCUACCGCCCCUUCCAGGGCCCCUGCUUCCCACCCACCCCUCCCUCCGUGAGAUCCAAGACACCCACUAAGAAGCUGGCCUCGGAGGAGCCAGCGCCCAGCUUCCUUCCUGAGUUUGACAAUGAAACUUACACCUUCUCACACCCCAGCAAUGGGGGUGUGGACCUCAGGAACACAGACACCCCCUUGCUGCAUGCCCAUGAGCCAGAAGAGCCCGCAGGAUAGCUGGAGCCCGCCCUGAGACACCCUGGGAGGCCCCCAGUCGACUACCAGGGAGAGCCACAGUGCUGGGUGGAAAGGAGUCUCCUGGGCGCUGCUGGUUGCCGGCUGGACUCAUCCCGCUGAGAUGAUGGAUUCUGACCCGGACACAAUCACUGCAGUUGACGUCCUUCUCAACUCAGGUUUACUCGCCUGUCUGCCCCGUAGGACGGAGAGGUGAAGGCCGCCAGCACGGGGCUGCAGCAGCCUCUCCGUGCAGGUUGGGAUGGGCACUCGGGCUUACCCCUCCACAAGUCAAAGAUUCUGGCUCCUACGAGGCCUCCCCGUGGUCUCUGAGCUCAUGGACUUCCUGGGUGAAAUGACAACUUGCCUCUUUCUCGCUGUUCUCUAUCUGGUGGCCCUGGAGAUGUUAGACGCCAAGUGUAUGAGCCCUCUGCACUUACAGUGACCGCUCGUGCCAACCGUGUAGCUGUCCCCUGGACUUGGAGUUCUCCCAGCCACUAGACAGACUCAUGCUUGUCCCCUUGAAAUGGGGGACGUUUUGCAGCCUGUCUGGGGCAGCACUGACAAAGGGCUGUGCACGUGGUUUUUCCACUGCAGAGUCUCUCUGCAUUCCAUCGCCUUUUGUCCUUGCAAUGAGAGACAUUUCUUUGAACUGUGGCUGUGGCAUUGCUUUGGCCUCACAGUGGCAAUUCAGAAGGUAUUUUCACCCUUGAAAAGUACGCUAGACUGAGCACAUGUAGUAAGUAGUCGGCUGUCACUGGUGGGUCUUCUGUCUUGUGGUUCUGGCCACCAGACUGAGUAGAUUUCACUGAGCUAAAAAACCAGCAUUGGCAGAGCUGUUCCCUUCCUAGCGGCGCCAGAAGGAGACUCCGUUUCCUGGCCUUGCCGCCUUCUAUCCCUUCCUAGCGGCGCCAGAAGGAGACUCCGUUUCCUGGCCUUGCCGCCUUCUGAAAGCCACCUGCUUUCUUGGGCACCCGUGGCUGAGCCCAUGGAGAUUCCCCUGCCCCCCCCCCCCCUGCAGGACCUCUUGCUUAUAAAACCCACCAGAGAGUCCAGGCUAACCUUCCCUGUGUCACGACCCUGACCUUAACUCCAUCGGAAAGUGCCUUCUGUAUUGGGAGGUGGCCUCUCCACAGUUUCUGGGGACAAGAAUGUGUCCAUGGCUGUGUGUCCUAUUUAGCCUACAGAAUCUCCUUAAAACUUAAGAGUCUCUAACUUCUAGAUUAUCACAUUUUUCCGUCAGAACUCAAGUCUGGAGACCUGGCCAUGCUGGAACUCACCUUCUCAUAAUGUCUGGCGGGAGAUGCACAGAGGUCCCACCUUUAGAGGGGGCAUCCUGCUCACCUGUGCCACAGCCACCACCACUCCCUGCCUCCCCCACAUGGAGGCUGAGCACCCAGAGAAUCUGACUGAUGCCCUGCAGAGCUACUGAGCUUCAGAAGAAACGCAGAGUUUGGGGCCUGGGUCUCUUAGCCAGUGAGGAAACAAGCCUCAAGGCUGGUGUGGAUUGUAAGAAAGGUUAGUUUUCUUCCACACGUUUCCCCACCCUCAUCCCCCUUCCAAGUCCUUUUGGCUUUGUCUCCUGCCUGGGAGAAGGAUUAUGUCCCGAGUUCCGUAUGUUUGCAUCCAGACCACCUGGUAAAAAUGCCUCGUGCCCCGUGAGCUCCCGUCCAUGAACUCAGCAUGUUCAUAUGUUACUGUUUUCUUUUGCUUUGGUGCCAGGGUUCGAGCUCAGGGCUUCAGACGCUUCAUGAAGCGUGUUCAUUCUUUACCACGAGGCUAUAUUCCUGGCUCCUGUUGGUUUGGGGGGAAAUAUUUCUUUUAAUCCUGCAAGGCUUCGAGUGGCUUUUUUGGUCUUAAACCAGAUCACCACUCAGUUCUGAAUCUUGAUGGUGAUGGGGAUUGAACCUGGGACCUAGGAGCCUUUCCUUUCCUAAUGACUGUCUCCUACCCAGCACCUUCAGCCUCUGAGCUGAGCGGCUGACAGACCCUCUCCAUAAAGGCCUGGAGGAGGACGGGGCUUCCUAGCUGACACCACCCCUUGGCCCUCCGCCCUUGGCCUGGUUCGCACGCUCUGCGUCCUGCAGGGGUGUGGCAACCCUUCUAUGAGCUGGUCUGGCUGGUCAUCCUGGUACCCGCCGCAGUCCCUCCUCAGGCCCUAAGUGGCCAUCCUGUAUCUGAGAGCAAGCCUUCAGGCCCACUCACUGUCUGCAGAGACCACAGGUGGUCUUGUGUUUCCUGAAGCUGCGCCCAGCCCCCCAGCUCUCCUCUGGCAGGCACUUCAGAACAUUCGGUGAAGAGCCCUGUGUGCACAUCGCCCAGGCUGCCCUCACACCCCCUGCCCCGCCCAGGAUCUGCCCCUGCUCCUGUGCCCUGUAGUGCUGGGAGGAGGCAGCACAGGAGAGAAAGGUCUGGGGGGAGGGGGUGCGUCCGUCAAGAUUCGACUGGUUUAUACAAACCCACAGUGCCUAACUGGAAAUAAUUUAUUUGUUGGUAGCAUUUUCUUCAUUUCAUAUACUU